CUGAAGCUGGCGCCGCCAUCUUGGAGUUGGGAGAAGCCGCGUCCCGCUCCUGUCCGUCUCGGAGGGUCACGGGCAGGGGGGAGGGGUGAGGGGGAAGGAUGAGCACCCGGCGGUGAAUUAACGGGGCCGGCGAGCUCGUCUCCUGGACGCCGGGCCGCGGCGGGCCGGGGCGGGAAGGAUGGUCCAGUCCUGUUCCGCCUACCGCUGCCGGAACCGAUAUGACAAAGAGAAGCCCAUCUCCUUCCACAAGUUUCCACUUACAAGACCCGAUCUUUGCAAGAAGUGGGAAGCUGCUGUUAAAAGGAAAAACUUCAAGCCAACCAAGUAUAGCAGCAUUUGUUCAGAACACUUUACUCCCGAUUGCUUUAAAAGGGAAUGCAACAACAAGCUUCUGAAAGAAAAUGCUGUGCCCACAAUAUUUUGUUAUACUGAACCCAGUGAAAAGACAGAAGAGUUUGCAGAGCAGCCAGAAGAUCCACUGCCACCUCCCCCACCUCCACCGCCGCCGCCACCACCACCGCCACCACCUCCACCAGCAGCGCCAGCACUACCACCAUCUCCAUCAACUCCUGCUUUUCAUUUAUCUCAAAUAGAUGCCAGGUUUGUAGAUCCAAGUAUUGGAUUAUUGAUGCCUCCUCUCCAGACCCCUAGCAAUCUUGCUGUUUUUUGCGAUCACAACUAUACCGUAGAGGAUACAGUUCAUCAGAGAAAAAGAAUUCAGCAGUUGGAGGAACAAGUUGAAAAACUGCGGAAGAAACUCAAGACGGCACAACAGCGAUGCCGGCGUCAAGAAAGACAAAUUGAAAAACUGAGAGAGAUUGUUCAAUUUCAGAAAGAAAAAGACAUAUUGUCAGGAAAAGGCUACGUGAUUCUGCCAAAUGACUAUUUUGAAGUUGUGGAAGUACCUGCCUAGAAGUCAGGAAUAUCAGCGUUCACCUUGCUAGGCCAAGAAAUUUAGUUUAAAAAUUAAAUGCUAAUUCUGUGUGUAAAACUCUCCAGAAUUCUAAACCAGUAAACAAGCACUUACACAAAUGAGAUCACAUUCUUUAUUUGUUGUCAUUUCUGUUUGAUACACUUGUAAUGUAUUGAAAAUGCAAGCAUCUCAGAAUUAGAAUAUGUAUUUAGUUUACAAAAUUCAAAUUCCUUUACAGGAGAAAAGAAUGCAAGGUUAAAUACCUUAAAAACCUGUGGGGAUGUUUUUUGUUUGUGUUUGUUUGUUUGCUCGUUUCAUUUUUUCUUUCUUUUUAAAAAGUAGCUUUCUUUAUGCUUACAGAGGAACAGAGUGUGGCUGAGAGUGAAGUUGAGGUUAUUGUAUGCUUAGUGCAAGGCUUUGUCGAGGCACUUAAUGAUGGUCUUGGUGAUCCCCAGAAAGAAGUUUUCACUGAUUGCAGAAGGAGAAGAAUCAGGCCACCAAAGAACACCUGCAAGUGCUGCAGGGAAAUAAAGAUGUACAUUCUAAUGAUUGGUUGUCCAAUUACAAAUGAAGUAGCUGAUAUUUUUUAAAAUGCAUGUGACUGCACUUCAGUGAAGCCUAUUUAAUCAUGCAAAAAAUCAAGGAAGUUAGAAAGCGGCAAAACUAUCAAAAAUCUGAACAUAAAUUCCUUUUGAAAAGGGCUGAUACUUCAACAGGCAGAAAUUAGAGCUGCAUCUUAAAGAAAAAUGUGGGCUUAUUUGCCCUUAUUGGGCAUUUUUUGCCAUGGUAGGAUUAUCCUACCUGGAUGCAGUGUUCUAUUUCUUUCUCCUUACACCUCUGCAAAGUAUUAGAUUUCCCUGUCUAACUGGGGCAGCUCAAAUCCAGAGGUAUGUUUUGUAGGGAAAAAAAUUAAGAACUAAGUGUCUGUGUUACAGGUUGUCACACUGAGGCACUCCUUUGUCACUGUCCUUUUCCCUCCUCUGCUUCAGUCGCCAUCUUGUCUAUGUUGUUACUAAUGUGGUCUUAACUGUGACAGCAAAUUAAUAAAACUGAGCUUUCC